ACAUAUGUUUCUGUCCCAUGUCUGUCAUGUGAUAUUCAUACUGAUUGAAAAAAGUGCCUUGUUCGUGAUCACUUAUUAACUUUUUUUGUUUCCGAACCAUCAACUAAACCUGCUGAUCACGGCAGAUCUUCAGUAUUACAUAUAAGUUACAAACAGUGCCUAAAAAUGGUUGAAGCCUACGUUCCCCCAGUUAUUAUCACUGCUAUUUGGGCCUUUAUUGGCAUCAUUUGCCCCUUCUUUGCUCGGGGCCCUAACAGAGGUGUUACCCAGUGCUGCAUUAUGCUUACUGCCGUUACCUGUUGGCUGUUUUGGCUUUGCUGUUAUUUGACGCAGAUGAAUCCCCUGAUCGGACCCAAACUAUCCAUGAAUGAAAUUAUGAUAAUGGCCCGAGAAUGGGGCAAUGAAAUUAAGGAUACCAUGGAUGUUACAGUGUAACUUGUAAAUAUGUGGGUCAUUCCAUCGAAAAGAUUUGUUUAUGUUUCUUUGAUUCAUUUUUGAUCCAUCCCACAAAUGUGUUAAUCAAAUGUUUCUUUUUUUGAAAACUGUUUAAGUUUGCAUUAUAUUAUUAUGUACGAGUAAAUAAAUCCCAUAUUCGUGGAUGAAGUUUAAACGAA